AUGAAAGCCAAGAAGAUUGGUGAGCAAGUGGAUAUUAAAAGUCCGUUCCCUCUAUUUCCUCAGGUGCUGUUGCUUGUAUUUGCAGAAGAUUUAGAAUGCAUCCCCGGAUUCCAGCAAAAGGUUUUUCAUAUUGAACAGCCAUCUGAAUUCACAGAGGACCAGCCAAUUCUGAACUUGGUGUUUGAUGACUGCGAGGGGAAUGACAAGUUGAACUUUGAAGUUUCUAACCCAGACUUUAAGGUGGAACCCAAUGGAUCUUUAGUUGCACUGAAAAAUAUAACUGAAGCUGGCCGAGCUUUGUUCAUCCAUGCUCGGUCUGCCCAGGCUGAAGAUAUGGCAGAAGUUCUAAUUGUCGGAGGGAAAGACCAUCAUGGCUCUUUAAAGGAAAUCUUUAAGAUUGAAGAUGGGAGUCUUGGAAUUCUAAGACAAAAAAGGGCCAUUGUGGCAACACCAAUAUUAAUUCCAGAAAAUCAGAGACCGCCAUUCCCCAGAGCCGUGGGCCGGGUUAUCGACAGCGACGGAACAGAGGGAUCAAAGUUUCGACUUUCUGGAAAGGGAGUGGAUCAAGAGCCAAAAGGAGCAUUCAAAAUCAAUGAGAACACUGGGGAAAUCUCGGUGACACGGUCCCUUGAUAGAGAAGCAAUUCCCACUUAUCAACUGCAAGUUGAGAUCACUGAUGUCAGCGGCAAAAGUAUUGAAGGCCCAGUCCUUCUAGAUAUCAUUGUUAUUGACCAGAAUGACAACAGACCCAUCUUCAGGGAAGGACCAUACGUUGGACAUGUCAUGGAAGGGUCACCUACAGGAAGCACUGUGAUGCGCAUGAUGGCCUUUGACGCUGAUGACCCUGCUACAGACAAUGCUCUUUUGAGGUAUAAUAUCCUUAAGCAGACUCCUGACAAACCAUCUCCAAAUAUGUUCUUCAUUGAUCCAGAGAAAGGAGACAUUGUCACAGUGGUAUCACCUGCAUUGUUGGACCGUGAGACGAUGGAAAACCCUAAGUACGAGCUUAUUAUAGAAGCGAAGGACAUGGCUGGUCUUGAUGUGGGAUUAAUUGGCACAGCGACAGCUACCAUUGUUAUCGAUGACAAAAAUGAUCACCCACCAGAAUUCACCAAGAAAGAGUUCCACGCCACAGUAAAGGAAGGAGUCACAGGAGUGAUGGUGAAUUUAUCUGUUGAAGACCGCGAUGAUCCAGCAACAGGAGCCUGGAGAGCUGUGUAUACUGUUAUCAAUGGAAACCCAGGACAGAGUUUUGAAAUCCAUACCAAUCCAAAGACGAAUGAGGGAAUGCUCUCUGUUGUUAAACCUUUAGACUACGAGAUCUCAGCAUUCCACACACUGCUGAUCAAAGUAGAAAAUGAAGACCCGCUGGUUCCAGACAUAGCCUACGGCCGCAGUUCUACAGCAACAGUUCAGAUCACUGUUCUGGAUGUAAAUGAAGGCCCUGUUUUCCACCCAGACCCAAUGACAGUGACCAAACAAGAAAACAUCCCCAUAGGCAGUGUUGUGUUAACAGUAAGCGCCACAGAUCCAGAUAUCUUGCAACACCAGACUAUUGGGUAUUCUGUUUACAAGGACCCAGCAGGAUGGCUGGAAAUUAAUCCUACAAAUGGUACCAUUUUCACCACUGCUUUCCUGGAUCGUGAAUCACCCUAUGUCCACAACAACGUCUAUACAGCACUGUUUCUGGCAAUUGACAGUGGCAACCCUCCUGCAACCGGCACGGGAACCUUACAGAUAACUCUGGAAGACGUCAAUGACAAUGCCCCCGCCAUUUAUCCAACGUUGGCAAAAGUCUGUGAUGACGCAAAAGAUCUCAGGGUAGUGGUCUUGGGGGCAUCAGAUAAGGACCUUCACCCUAACACAGAUCCAUUCAAGUUUGAACUGAGUAAACAGUCUGGCCCAGAUAAAGUGUGGAAAAUCACCAAGAUCAACAACACUCAUGCCCAGGUCAGCCUGCUUCAAAACCUGAAGAAGGCCAAUUACAACAUCCCAAUCUUGGUGACAGAUUCUGGAAAACCGCCUCUGACUAACAAUACCGAACUGAAAGUACAAGUGUGUUCCUGCAAGAAAUCCAAAAUGGACUGCAGUGCAGCCGAUGCCCUUCAUAUCAGCAUGAUCCUAAUCCUUCUCUUUUCACUCUUCAGUUUAUUUUGUAAGUUUUCCUAA